GCUUGAGUGAGACCUAUUUUACCUCUCACACAAACACACAAAGGAGGUGGGCACUAUUUGGAAAGAGACUCUUGUCUAUUUCAUAUCCUUCUUUCCUUCCUUCCUUCCUUCUUAUCCAUCUUAUUUUCUUCUCAUCUUCUUCUGAAGAAUCAAAACAUCAUUCACAAAAAAGAAAAAAAACUAACAAAUGGGGAAUUGCCAGGCUGUAGAUGCAGCUGCACUAGUAAUACAACAUCCAAAUGGAAAGAUAGACAGGAUGUAUUGGCCUAUGUCUGCUAGUGAAGUUAUGAAAAUGAACCCUGGUCACUAUGUUUCUCUCAUCAUCCCUCUUCCAAUCUCCUCGGAUGACAACUCCGAUGAUAAAAUUGUUCGUUUCACUCGUGUUAAGCUUCUCCGGCCAACGGAUACUUUAGUCCUUGGCAGAGCUUAUAGACUUGUCACAACUCAAGAGGUGAUGAAGGUAUUGAGAGCUAAGAAACAUGCAAAGAUGAAGAAGAAUCGACCAGAAUUGCAAGAAAAUCAAAGGUCAAGCAGUGAACUUGAAGCUGGAAACUCUGAAUCAGAUAAGAACAAGGCUAUGAAACAUGAAGGACAUAGGCAAAGGCCUGGAACAACAAACUUAGCUGCAGCAGCAAGGUCCAAAUCAUGGCGUCCGAGUUUACAGAGCAUCUCUGAGUCCAAUAGCUAAUGAUGGUUGCAACUCGAUCACCGGAAAACGGGGACUUCUAAAAUCAUGGAAAAUAUGCACAAGGAACUCACAGAAGUUGGUGGUUCUAAUGUCUUGUUCACCCUCAUGAGGGAUGUUGAGCAAUAAUGCUUUUGUAUAGAAUAGAAUUGGAACUACUAACUCCACCUUGAUAGAAAGAACAUCCUAUAAUGGAAAUACAUAUUCUCCGGAA